AUGAAGGAUACCUAUGAUGGACUGAGUAGCUUGCUCAAGCAAGUCGCCAUAGAGAUUGCUACAACUAUUCCCGAGAGUCUUGAAAUCGACGUGAACGUGAUCUACUUUCCUCAGCUCGGCUUUAACAUCGCCAUUCCGCUGACUGAAAGGGGCGAAGCAGCAUACGUCGGGCCUGUGGACGACUGGGAGCUUGUUUUUGUAACAGAGAACCGGGCGUAUUUCAAGGACUUUCGAAUGAGGGAAUUGGAUCAGACAUUGGGCGAUAUCUACGGGCUCAUAUGCGAAAAGGAGAUUGAGAUUGUUUAUGAGCUAGCACAGAAAGUGCUUCAGUACGAAAAGGUCCUCAUCGAAGCAUCGGAUAUCUGCGGUCAGGUUGACAGGUGA